AUGUCCGACGUCGCUGAGCCCAAGCCUGACCCCGCCACCGGCGCUCCUGAGGCCGAAAAGCCCCAGGAGACCACCCCCGCCACUACCGAGGCCACCAAGACGGAGGAGGAGAAGCCUGCCACCGAGUCUGCUGUCGAUGCAGCUAAGGAGGCCACCACCAAGACCACCGACAGCGUGUUCUCCAUGUUCGGCGGCGGUCCCAAGAAGGAGAAGAAGGAGGAGCCCGAGGACGAUAAGAACGAGCCCUCCGGCUCUUCCAAGGCCCAGAAGAAGGCUGAAGAGGAUGACGAGGCCCCCGAGUCCCCUGAAGUUCACUUCGAGCCCGUCAUCCGCUUGACCGAGAAGGUGGAAACCAAGACCAACGAAGAACUCGAGGAGCAGAUGUUCAAGAUGCGUGCUAAGCUCUUCCGAUUCGACCGCGACGCCAAGGAGUGGAAGGAGCGUGGUACCGGAGAUGUUAGACUGCUCAAGCACAAGGAGAACCAGAAGACUCGUCUGGUCAUGCGCCGCGACAAGACCCUCAAGGUCUGCGCUAACCACUACAUUGUUCCCGACAUGGAGCUGAAGGCCAACGUUGGCAGUGACCGCAGCUGGGUUUGGAACGCCACUGCCGAUGUCAGCGAGGGUGAGACGGAACCCCAGACCUUUGCCAUCCGUUUCGCCAACAGCGAGAACGCCAACCUGUUCAAGGAAGCUUUCGAGAAGGCCCAGCAGGAGAACGAAAAGAUCCUUUCCCAGCAGUAAAUUAGUGCGGUUGCGAAACAAUAAGGAUCAUUCUCCGUUGGAGAUCCCAUAUUUGGUCAUCUUUCUGAUUCCCUCGCGCUCCAGCGGUCUCUCUCAUGACCGUUCACGAAGACUUUAUCCCCCAAUACACCAUACCAGAAUUCCCCUUUUUCUCGACACACAUUGCCCCAUCGAAUCCUCCUUCUUUCUUAAACCCCCUUUACCCUGAUUAAUGAGACCGGCGUGACCCGGCUGUGAACCAGCCUGUGACGCGGGAGCGACGCCGAUUUUCUCCCCUGUCGCAUCGAGUGUCGUUCCAGGCGCCACCGGCCGUAGAUAGAUGUCCCGAUCCCCAAAUAUACGUUUUGAAAUGCAUUAUUACUGCCCUGAUCUGAUGUAUUGAGACUUGAAACAAUUUAAAAU